AUGGCCGAUAGGUUGACACAGUUGCAGGAUGCUGUGAACCAAUGUGCACCAGCCAGUCCAUUUCCAGGAUUUGAAAGAUCUGGUGGUAAAAGUUCUCCAUCUCCACCUCAAGAAGAUUAUGCUGUUUUGUUUGCAAAACUAAUAGCUAGAACUGCCAAAGACAUAGAUGUACUGAUUGAUUCCCUCCCCAGUGAUGAAUCAAACUUAGAACUUCAGAUUGCAAGUUUGAAAACACUAGAACAAGAAAAUCAAGAGUCUGCACGUAAACUUGAAGAUAUAGUACAUCAUGGAGAAACUUUAUUAUUACAAAUACAAGCAGCAUUACAUGAUAUAGCCCAGUCACAGUUAAACUGUCAGGCUAUGAUGUCAGGACAAGAAAACACCCCACCUUGA